AAAGAGAGAGAUGUGAACGUGGAAUUCGAUGAAGAUCAGAUAUGCUAAGUCGCCACGUCCAAACCCAACUCUUUCUGCAUGAACCCUUCAAUCUCUCUCUCUCUCUCUCUCUGCUCUGAUAGAUAUUUCGUCUUGGGCCUCUUUCUGAAGUGUCGCUUUCUUGAGGAAUCGAGCGAGUGGCACUUUUCUUGGGGUUCUGAAGAUCGAAGCGAGGGAGGACCAUGAGCAGGGAGCAACAAGAGAUGGUCGAUCUCGAGGCCCAGACCCAGAAAGCAGCCGCCGCCGCCGACGACGACGACCCGGGACUUGGAGGUGGCACGACGACCGUGACGACGGCGACGUCGUGCAUUUUCAACAACUGCAGUAACCCCAUCACUCUCAAGUUUCACGACGUUGUUUACCAAAUAAAGAUCCAUAGAGCAGCGGGAGGAUUCCUCCGAAAGAGUACGAAGACCGAAGAGAAGGUGAUCUUGAAUGGACUCACCGGCGUGGUUCGACCCGGCGAAAUGCUAGCCAUGCUCGGCCCCUCGGGAAGCGGGAAGACCACCUUGUUGACCGCCUUGGGGGGGCGACUUGCAGGCGGCCGCUUGGCCGGGACCAUUACCUACAACGGCAAGCCCUUCUCGAACUCGUUAAAGCGGAGCACCGGGUUCGUGACGCAAGACGAUGUCAUGUACCCUCACUUGACUGUGACCGAAACCCUAGUCUUCACCGCCCUCCUCAGGUUGGACAAGAGCUACACCAAAGAAGAGAAGGUCAUGCACGCCGAGGAAGUCAUAACCCAGCUAGGCUUGACCAAGUGCAAGAACAGCAUCAUCGGGGGCGGCGGGUUCCUGAGAGGCGUAUCAGGAGGAGAGAGAAAACGGGUCAGCAUAGGGCAAGAGAUGCUCAUAAACCCUAGCUUGCUGUUUCUCGACGAGCCGACAUCGGGGCUCGAUUCGACCACGGCUCAGAGGAUCGUGUCGAAGUUGUGCGAGCUCGCGAAAAGGGGAAGGACGGUUGUUAUGACAAUUCAUCAGCCUUCGAGCAGGUUGUUCUACAUGUUUCACAAGGUGUUGCUCUUGUCCGAGGGAAAUUCCUUGUACUUCGGGGAGGGAACGAGAGUGAUGGAAUACUUUGCCGGCAUCGGAUUCGCGCCUUCCGUGGCCAUGAACCCUGCCGAUUUUCUCUUGGAUCUAGCGAAUGGCAUUGGAACCGCUCCCGAAGAUGAAGACAAAGAAAGCAAAAGCACGAUAAAGCAGACCUUGGCUUUGGCAUUCAAAAACCAUCUGGAGGACAGAUUGAAGCAAGAGCUUUGCGCGACCGAAGAUUGCUUCAUUAAGCAUGGACACGAACACAAGCAUUCCGAUCGUUGGCCCACGACAUGGUGGCAACAGUUCACGAUCCUGCUCAAAAGAGGGGUCAAAGAAAGGAAACACCACUCCUUCUCCGGCAUAAAAGUUGCGCAAGUGCUAGUCGUCGCUUUCAUCUCCGGCUUAUUGUGGUGGCAAUCCGAGGCUUCUAAUUUGCAAGACAAGAUUGGGCUCCUCUUCUUCUACUCGGCGUUCUGGGGCUUCUUCCCCCUCUUCAACGCUAUCUUCACUUUCCCCAAGGAACGGAUGAUGCUCGAGAAGGAGCGGUCGUCGGGCAUGUACCGGCUCUCCUCCUACUUCAUGUCCCGCAUCGUGGGCGACCUCCCGAUGGAGCUCAUCCUCCCCUCCGUCUUCGUUGUCGUCACGUACUGGAUGGCCGGGAUGAAGCCCACGGCCGGUAACUUCCUGAGCACGCUCUUCGUGCUCCUCUACAGCGUGCUCGUGGCGCAGGGCCUCGGGCUCGCCAUCGGCGCCCUGGUGAUGGACCAGCAGUCGGCGACCAUCCUCGGGUCGGUGCUGAUGCUCUCGUUCCUCCUCGCCGGCGGGUACUACGUCCAGAACGUGCCCCCCUUCAUCGCCUGGAUCAGGUACCUGUCGAUAAGCCACUACACGUACAAGCUCCUGAUGGGAUCGCAGUUCAAGCCCGGCGACACGUACCCUUGCGGCGGCGGUUCCUCCUGCUUGGUCGGGGAUUAUCCGGGGAUCAAGAAGGUGGGGCUUGAUGGGCAGGGCGUCUCCGCCAUUGCACUGGGGAUUAUGUUCGUCGGGUACAGGCUCAUUGCCUACGUUGCAUUGAUGAGGAUUGGGAUGGCCAAGAGGAGAAAGUAAGCGAAAUUUUUUGUUUUUUCUUUCCUUUCUCUUAUCAUGAUGUAAUCUUCUGCACAAUACGAUGAAGUUGAGAGGAGCAAGCAUUUCGAAUUAUCAAGACGUAUUCGUUAAUUUCUUAUAUUUUACUUAACAUUUUAUCGUAUCGCAGAGUAUUUGAGCUCAA